AUGUCGACAUCAUCUUCAACAGAAGGAGACGGCAGUGGUGGUGGUGAGUUUGAAGGACCCUCAUCAUCUCGUACGCGUAGACGCUCAAGCAAUGGAGUAUGGCCAGAACCUUUUGUGGAAGCGCUUGCAUUCCAAGUUGCCAUUGAUGCCUCUAGCUCUAUUGGCCGCCUGGCUGCAGCACAAGCUCUCUUCAACCUCUUUCAGGUGUGUUCUACCUGGCGAGCAGUUUCGCACUCCGAACUGCUAUGGCAAAACCUCACGAGGCGUAUAUGGAAUAUUAGGCAUCUUCUACAUAAUACUUGGCACGAGGAGUACAUAUACCGCCAUCAGACAGCCAACAAUUUCCAUCUAGGUAGAUAUGUAUACACAGGCCUUCCAUUUGUCCCUUCAGAUCGGAAUAAUAACAACGAUGGUCUUGCAUGUCGUCGCUUGGCACUCUCUGACAACCACCUUGCGGCUGGAUUCUCGGAUGGAUCAGUUCACCUAUUUCACCUUCCUAGCAGGAUCCAACUUGCAACCUUCUAUCCUCAGCCCCGUGAUCGCCUCGGUCGCUUUGCUUGUGCAAUAUCUGGAAUUAUCUUAUCGGACGCCCAACUUGUCUUUGCCACCCUGGACGGUGACAUUCAUCUCGUAAGUAUCGACGGUGUCAAUCCUCUACGUAGAGUCCAUCUAGGUGAUGUGGUCAAUGAUGGUGCUUUAGUCGACUUCACCGGUUGUAACCAGUGGUGGGUUGGCCUCUAUGCAGGUGUUCCGGAUCGUGCCUUUCACGUGUGGAACAGUGAAACGGAAGAGCUAAUAUUUGUUGGAGGUUCACUAACAGAUCCAGAAGCGGUAAUGGGUUGGCAUUUGCUCAACGAAUUGACCAAUCUGAUCGGUCGAGUUAGAGUAACAAGUCAUGAAUCUGCUGUGGCAUGCACAAACGUUAGGGUUAUGGCGUUUGAUUUGCGAAAUGUGGGGAUAAUACUAGGAGAAGAAGAAAUACGUAGGGGAAUCAUUAUAGGUUCUUUUGAUGCCAAUUAUGAUGAAUCAAUGUUAAUCAUGGACAUUCGCGGCAGAGCAAGUGUGCGUCGGGUGGCAACUUUGGAAGAAGUAUGUAGGUUCACAGUAAGGGGUGCCACCCAGAGGGGGAUUUUGGGAAGUGUCAAUGGUGGAUAUGCUCUAAUGUGUGUAGGGGAAGUUAUUAGGGUUUGGGAGAUAGUGCAUGGACAAUAUUUGUACAGUUUUCGGGAGAGAAUAGGUGAAUGCAAUGCCAUAGUUUCAAAUGAAAGGCAUGUGGCUGCAUGUUCUGCUGCUAAUGCUACAAUUCAUUUAUGGGACUUCGGAGCAAACUAG